UUUGUUUUUGCAAAUGUUUUGCGGCGUUUCAUUAAAAAACAAUGUCAAAUUCCGUGAAUAUAUCUGUAGAAACAACAUGCGAGAAUCAAAUACGUGAAAUAGCAUACGAUGGCACCGAACUCUACCAACCGCCGCUGUCCUUGUCUGAAAGUCUGGCUAAAUGUGCGGCUCGCAUUGACUUCAGCAAGACUUCCCUGGAUGAAUUAAAGAAAGAGGAGAAGUCCGCUGCGGCAGCUGAAGAGGAAAGUAAAGAUGCGGAACAAUUUCAAGAAAAUCUCUGGCCUUGGGAUGCAGUGCGCAACAAGCUGAAAGACGCAUUCACCGAAAUUUGUGUGCUCUCCGAUGUGAUAUCAAUAGCGAAAGAUAAGAGAUAUUUGGUGCUGGACCCGCUGCUCGAGGAUGGCGACGAUACUAAACCCAUUGUGCAGGUCUACAGUCGCAAGAAAGCCAUGUCGCAGGCGGCCCAGGUGUUGCUAGGGGGAGCAGAACGACUACGCAAUGCCCAUAGCGAGCAACGUAGUCGCAAUGUUUCCGAUUUUCACAUAGAAUUGCUGCGGCUGCGGCAGAACUGGCGCCUCAAAAAGGUAUCGAAUGGCAUUAUUGGUGAUUUAAGUUACCGUACAGCGGGCUCGAAAUUUGGCAUGAGUGGCACUUUCGAGGUAACUAAGUCGGAGGAUGCCAUGGAGGAGGAUGCCGCUGGUACCACUACUGGCAAUAACAUCGCUGGUGGCAGCAAUAAUGGCAUGCAACCCAAAGCAGAGCUCGCAUUGCGUGUCAUUGUGCCUGCCGAGCUGCAAGGCGUGGCUUACAUUAAGGUUAUAACACAAAAGGAUCAGGAAGAUUUAUGCACGGCCCAAGUAAACUUGAUGGGCCAUGGACCGAAUAUCACAGCACCGGCUGGCGUUUGGCAGAAAACGCUGGAAUUCGCACAGAAUGUGCUCUUUUGCAAGGAGCUCUUCGCACAGCUAGCAAGGGAAGCGAUACAGCUACAAGCUCCCAUACCGCAUGUGGUAAUUGGCAAUCAAAUUCGUGCAACCCUGCUGCCCAACAUACAACUAAUCAUCUCGUUGUGUCACUCAACCACCUUCGAUUCAAGUCAACCAGCACCCAUCAACGACCACGAUCAUGUCUUGGAGCAUUCGUUGCAUCAACUGCUGCGCGAAGUUCAUCACAAGAACUCACAUCAUCCCUUUCCACAUCCGGCGAGCGCGCCAUUAGGUCCAACUAAGAAACGCAUGCUUGCCGGUCCCAUGGCCGCUGAUCGGGAGACGCUGUUGGAUAUGACAAAGUCUCAGACCAUACUGGAACAAAUAAUAGCACAGGCCCAGCACAUUUUCAUGCGCAAGCGAACACAGUAUGUGUUGGAUACAUUGGCCCGUGAUGUCAAGGAUCCACAAAUUGUGUCGCACUGGAAUGCCAUGAACAGCCCCACGAUGUCCUGCGUGAAAAUUAAUAUUGUCACACACGGCUAUGAUGCCGUUAAUCGCACCUCGUUGGUUAUACACGUGAAGGAGCGUUCGCUGAAGUGCAUCUGUCGGGAUGGACGAGUCAUGCGUCUGUCCUAUGAGCCGCAAGAAUUGCGCGACCUCAUACUCUGUCAAAUAAAUUCGCAUCAGAUCUCCUGUCUUCUGAGUCUGGCACGCUGCAUGGCUUGGACAGUGCUUUCAAAUAGCAAUCAUCUGGGAAUUGGCAAAGUGGAGCCACUCGGCAAUGCCAGCUCCUGUUUGUUAGGCUCACCUAAUAGCGAUCGCAUGAUUGCCGUGCAGAUACGUUGCGAUCCUCAAAUCGAUGUGAAAGUUUACAUUGCACGCAGUCCACGGCAGGAUUUCUUCCCCAGUCCACUAGUCCCAGAGAAGUUCUGGGAAAAUCUGGGCGGCAAUUUCAAGGAGGUGCGCUUUGAUAAAAUCGAGGGCAAGAGUUUUCUCAACAAAAUGGAAUUUUUGAUGGCAUCACUGACCAGCAACACGACCUAACUGUCCUAUAUACCUCAUUAUUAAUACAAUUUAGUUUUUGGUUUAUAGCGAGUAUAUAGUAUGUACGAUAUUGUAUUAAAAUCCACUGGCUUCAGGAUUAAUAAAUCGUUUAAUGUGGGAUUGCCCCAUUCA